GCUGCGCGCGCAUUUGUGCUACAUCUUCCUGCGAAAAUGGCGUUGACUAGACUGCUCCAUGUGACUCUUGGAGUUGUCAUCUUUGUUACAUCUUUAAUACACUUUUCAUCAUGCACAGGACACAAAUUAAACGUUCCCAGGAUUAUGCUUCCGUACUACGCAGCAACUCCGAUCAAUUUCACCCUCGAAGGCAGCGAUGGUUGCUAUACAUGGCGUUCCUUGAGAGCUGAUGUUGCUUCUGUACAGCCUAUCGAUCAGGAUAGUGGUAGUGGAUGUUCACAGAAAGCCCUUGUAACUGCAUUGUCCACCCAUCCAACACAGAGAACUAGUGUUGUGUUUGCAGAGGAAUUAGGAAGUGGACAAGUAAUCCGAUGUGACGUAAUAGUCGAUCAAAUUGAACUGAUUGACAUUAUCACUACUACAAGGAUCCUGUAUUUAGGAGACUCUCCAGAAGAGUUUGAAGUCAGAGCUCUUGAUGAUGAAGGCAAUACCUUUAGCAGCCUGGAAGGAUUGGAGUUUGAAUGGACUCUCCUAUCGGAUUAUGAAGCAGACAAUGCUGUCGAUGCUAAGAGCAUUUUAAGAAUUGUUCAGUUCAAAGACUUGCCAUAUGACCCACCUGCUCAUAUCACCACCAUGGAAGCUGGUGGCAAACAGGGAGAUAGAAUCCUCAUUGAAGGUCUGAGAGCUGGGUCAGCCAAGGUCGGAGUAAAGAUCAAAUCAGCUGGUUUCAAGGAUGUGAAGCAGAGUGUUGUACGCCUCAUUGUCAUUGACCAUCUUACAUUGAAUCCAUCUCAAGAUAUCUACAUCCUUGUUCAUGCCUACAUCUACUACAGUGUGGAGAAAAUCAGACAGGGAAAGACAACAAUUGUAACCAUGCCAUCUACCCAGUAUCGCCUUGCCCUUGGAAACGCAUCAGUGGCAUCACUUACUGAAAGCAAUUCAAUGGUGACAGGUCUGGCUUUAGGACACACACAGAUCAUGCUUCAAGACAGGAAUUUUAAAGAUUUCAGGGGAUUCAAAGACAGUCUACCAUCAGCAAAUAUCUAUGUUAUUGAACCAGCUUACUUGGGAUUUGUGAUAGUGCCUGGUGGAAAUUGGGUAUUGGAGACUGGCCAUUAUUAUGAAAUAACGAUUGAUGUCUAUGAUAGAGAGAGCAACAAGAUGUUCCCGUCAGACAUACCUAAUAUCCGCAUUGAUACCAUAUUCCCGGAGGCGUACUUCCAAGUGAUACGAUCCAGCGAGAACGGUUCAUACCAUUUCGUGAAGACUUUACAGAGUGGUAUCACAGAGAUCGAUGCUGCUCUUGUGGCAAUGAUUAAACCUGAUGGUGAGCGAGCAGAGUUUGAAGUACCCAUCAAAGAGUCCCAGGAGGCCGAGAUAUUUGACCCCAUCUUAGUCAGACCAGAAUACAUUGCCUUUGCCUACCAACCUGGUCAACCAGGCUACCAAUACCCACUCAAGGCAACUGGCGGUACAGGGAGCUAUGUUUGGUCAUCGUCCAAGCGCAUUACAGGGACGGUGAACGUUCAUGGACUCGUGACAACAGGAGACACUCCAGGAAUGACCAAUGUCACGGCUGCAGAUAACCGGAAUCCAGCACAUUUUGGACUCAGUAGGGUUUAUUUGUUGCCACCUUCUAAGAUGAUCUUCCUUGAUUCCCGUGUUGAGGGUGAAGUAGGGUCAAUUCUUCAUCUGCCACUUGCAAUGGAGGCUUACUAUGAAGCCGGAAAAGAAAGAGUGAUGCUGACUCACUGCGGAUCUCUUCCUCUUGUCACUGAUGUUGCUGAUCAAAGCAUCUUCCAGAAAACUGAACCUGGUGAAAAGUUUGAUGUAGUAUCUGACUCCUGUACCACUCUUCAUGUGAAGGCCAUGUCUGUAGGUCACACCCAAGUUAGUGUAACCCUUCAACAAGGCGGGGUCAAGCUGCAGGCAUCCGUCACCAUCGCUGCCUUUGCACCCCUGCAACCGCUGGAUCCAGAUAGCGUUGCCAUUGUUACCUUAGCUGCGUCUAAGACCCUGGUCUUAACAGGAGGACCACAGCCUUGGGUCCUGGACCCAUCACGUUACUACCAGAACCUUGAGGCAGAGGAACAGGACUGGGUUAGAUCAACCCAUGUCAGAGGGUAUGGUGCCACAAAGAACUAUCACAUUUUCCAAGUAUUGUGUCGUCACCUUGGAGAGCAAACGCUGACGGUCAAUGUGGGUAAUGAUCCCACUGCUCGUAAUAAGUUCCCUGCGAGAUCUACAGCAACAGUCAGAUAUUUAUGUACCCAGCCUGUAAGUCUUCAGCUCAUACCAGUAGUACAGCAGCCAGAUCUAGAGGUACCCUGUCCUAUUGCUCUUGACUCAAACAACCAGAUUCCUGUCAUGAAUGGACAAGACGUAGAGAUUCUGGUGAAUGCCGUUGACAGCCAUGGAAGGCUCUUUCAUAACUUUUCUUCAUUGGUUGUAUCAUGGACCAGCACGGAUCAUAACCUAGCUUCCUACUACAAACCACAGACAUCAUACAGUGAUGAGGAUGGGUCGUUCCCUGGAUCAAGGUCACUCAGAGCCUUUGAACUUACAACAUUGAAGCAUCGUCAAGGAUCUGUAACAUUGACAGCAACUACCACUGCAUAUGAUAAUGUGCUGUUUAGGAGGCAUGCUAUUGCAAUCCCGAGUCAAGUACCCAGUGUGAGUGCAUCUCUUGAGUUAGGUCUGGUAAUGGAAGCUAGUAUUGAUCCGAACAGACUAUCUCUAUUCAAUCAUCCAUCAAAUAAAGCAUCAUUGAAUCUUCAAGGAGGUUCUGGUCACUUCUUAAUCCGUCCUAACAUCGCAGGUCUGGCAGAGAUGAGAUAUGAUGAAAAGAAAAAACAAAUUGAGGUUAUCCCCUUACGCGACGGGACUCUGGUCAUCACUGCCUACGAUCUUUGCAUUGCCACUAACCAACAUGCUACAGCACAGAUACACAUGGCAGGUGUACACACCAUUGACCUCAAGGUUGUUGACAAGGUCCAAGUUGAUCAUGAGAUCCGAGCGGCAGUCCAGGUCCUAGACUCCACAGACCAGCCUCUAUCUGUAUCCUACUUUCCACUCAUGAGGCUUGAACCAGUGCCAGGUUCCAACAUCAUCACCCUUAGACCUGACAUGGACAGCUCUGGUAGAGAUCAACACACGGCCUACUACACAGUACAUGGAGCUAGUAUUGGUUUUACAACCCUCGCCUUCACCGCCAUGUCUAAGAGUGGCCAUACUGUUUCAAGUAAACUCAGGGAUAUACAGGUGUUUCCCCCUCUCAAGUUGACACCAAGGAACAUCACACUUAUUGUUACAUCAUUAUUCCAAGUGAGGAGUACUGGAGGACCCCAACCCCAGAGCCAGAUUGAGUAUGUAGUACAGAGCUCAAACAUUGCUAAGAUCAACAGUAGUGGUAUCUUACAUGCUUUGAACCUUGGUCAUACCAGGGUUACAGGCAGAGCUGUUGGUUACGACCAGGAAACAGGAUCAAAUGUGGUUUAUUCUGAGGAUACCAUCGAUGUGUACGUCAUAGAGCUGAAUGGCAUACGAAUCCACGCUCCUCUCCAUCGACUCGAGUCAGACACUGUCAUGCCCGUGUAUGCUAUGGGACUGGGUGAAUCGGAGACCCCGUUCACAUUUGGUGAUGCCAUCGAUGGCCUUCUGUUUGAAUGGAGUGUGAGCAAUGAUGAUGUUAUUGAAGUGGAGCCAGUAUUUGCUGAGGAUGGCAUAUACAGUGGAGCAGAGCACAACAUAGCUAUGAGGGUGAGAACAUUAAAUCCCGGUGAAGCCUCUCUAAGACUACAGGUAUCCCUGACUCAACCAGGACGUAGACAGAUCUACAGGGAUCAAACACUCAUGGAUGAAAUACAGAUCCAGGUGUUUGAGAGACUAGAGUUGAUGCAGCCUGACUGUCCAUGUCACAGCAGACUUCUGAUGACACCUAACACACAAGCACCGAUUAAAACUAACAGAGAUGGGUCAGCCAGGAUGUCAUAUCGUAUCUUGACCACCUCUUGGGAUGACUUCCUGACCGUUAACCAGAUGGGUGUGGUCAAAGCCGGGCCAAAGGGAGGUCAAGCGUCUGUAGAGGUCACCGCAUUUGAGAGCUUUGGAGUGAACCAGACAACAGUUGUUCAUGUCUCGAUCAAGCCUGUAUCUUACAUCGCUGUGCAUUCUACCACCGGUCUAACAACAUAUGACAAGAGUCUACAAGUGUUUCCCAUCGGUGUAUCACCCUCCUUUGCUGUUCGUUUCUAUGACAACAUCGGUGAAAGAUUUGACGCCACCAAUGUUAAAUUGGACUACAGACUCCAUAGAUUUGACCGUCUUCAGUUGCAGUCUGGAUCAGAUAAUAGUACAUUUAUUGGGCGAUCAGCACACAUGGGAACCACUAUCCUCAAGGUGUGGGACAGUGAGAGUCCAUGGAUUGAUGAUUAUGUUGGUAUCCCGGUAGGCAGUGUGGUCCAGCCUGAUCAAGGUCUGGUUGUAGGUGAUAUUGUCUGUUUGAGAUCACCUCUACUCUCGUCAGAAGGUCAAAGUGGGUCAUGGAGCUCAUCUGAAAACAGCAUUCUCAAAGUUCAUAGGUCAAGUGGUGUUGCCAUGGCGCUGACCCCUGGUACUGUAACCUUGACCCAGCAGCUGACUCCUAAUCUUGCAACAACAGCUCAGGUUUCUGUUGGUACUAUUCUGAGAAUCACGCUAGAUGGUCAUGAUGUUUCUACUCUCUCAACGGUACCCAAAGAGGGCAGCAUUCGUGUUCCUGUCAAGCUGAAUGGUGUUUCUAGUAUCCAAGGCGAAAACUGUUCCUUUGAGAAGCAUGCUUGGAUAUUUGAAUCAGUGACUCCACCCUUCCAAUGCACCCUUCACUUUGCCGAUAAGAACUCACCUGUAACCCCCUCGGAGCUCUUCCAAGUCUCAGCAGGAUUCGAUGCAAGUCAAGGUCAAUAUUACUGCUCCAUCAGUCAGCUGAAGACGAGACACACCCCAACCUUCCUAAGCACCAUGGAUACGACCCUUACACUGACCGCUCGUCUUCUCAGCAUCCCAGGUCAACGUCAGGUCAUCUCCGAGCAGCAUUCGUUCAAGUUCCUUCCUGCGUACUCUUGCCAACAGUCUGGGCUCACUCUAACCCUUGCUUCCCGUAGAGAGGAUAUCACGGUAGAAGGAAUACCGGCCGUCAUGGAUAACUUACAGGCCUCUACCAAUGACACUGACAUCAUUGCCCUAGGCAAGCCAGGCUAUGCAGGUAGAACACUCAAGAAGUUCCCUGUAGCCCUUGUGGACUCCUCACUCGCACAGUAUGGACCAGCUAUCCUGCACACAACUGUAGAACUGUCCAACACGGUUACAGGACAGCGUACUGUGGUCCCUAUUAAGAUCAAUCUUGUUCCUGUGAAACCUAUGAGUGCUACAGCAGAAGAAGCCACAGUAACUGGUUGGUCUACUGUACUUCAUCUGUUCCUUCAGCAUUAUCAAACAUGGCUCUUCUUCCUAAUCUUCAUACUAGCUGUAGCAGGAAUGGUGCUUAUAUGCUACCAUGUCUUCCUGGCUCCUCGAUACUACGUAGCAAGUUCUGGAUCAGGAGCUUUCCUCCACAGUCCAUUGCAUCGCUCACCGGCACCACCACCAUACUUUGAACAAUCACCAGGUUUUACAGAGUAUCAGCAGAGUCCGUACAGAUCUGAUUCAAUACGACAAAGAAGGGCAGGGAAAUCCCCUAAUAGACUUUGGAGUACAGCUUAUAGUCCACAAGAAGGAGCUUCUGGUAGUCCUGAAUACUAGUGUACCCCCCCCCCCUGUUUCCAAGUUUCCAAAUCAUGUCAUUUUAAUUUGAUAUCGAGGUCUUUCCAUUUGUGCUACAAGCAAAGUGUUUUAGAAGCUAUUGUUAUGGCAUUUUGUAACUGAGAAAAAUUGAUUUGGAGCUGGGAAAUGUGAGAUGGCUGCCACCUCUCAAUUCCUUUAUUUAUCAAUCCAGGGUGUCAACUAACAAUAAUCCUCUGUCGCUAUUUACCUGAAAGUUUUGGAUUAUUCCAUGACGAAUACCCAUCCCAGGGCCCCAUCUUACAAAGAGUUACGAUUGAUCCAAUCAAUCGUAACUCUUUGUAAGAUGUCAUAAUUUUUUUU